AAGAGGUUUCAAUGGACCAAAGUUGUUGCUGCAUACAUGCUGCGGGCACAGUCCUCGGAUCUUUAGUGACCAUUGUACUGCUGUGGCUGGGAUAUCGCCUGGGGGUCAUCUACCAGCUCUUCCACAAGGUGGAAACUCAGAGUCCUCGCCAUGGAGGAGAGGUGGUCGCCAAGGUCCUACAAUCCCACGGAGUGCGAUACGUUUUCACACUAGUCGGCGGUCAUAUCUCACCCAUCCUGGUGGCCUGUGAAAAGCUGGGAAUAAGAGUGGUGGACACCAGGCAUGAAGCCACUGCUGUCUUUGCUGCUGAUGCAGUGGCCAGACUCUCAGGUACUGUUGGUGUGGCUGCAGUGACAGCUGGUCCGGGGUUAACCAAUACUGUAACAGCCAUUAAGAAUGCUCAGAUGGCAGAAUCCCCGCUAUUGCUGAUUGGUGGAGCAGCUGCCACUCUAUUGCAGGGGAGAGGAGCUCUGCAGGAUAUUGACCAGAUGUCGCUGUUCAAGCCUAUAUGUAAAUUCUGUGCCUCUGUCCGCACCAUACGAGACAUAGUGCCUAUACUGCGCCGAGCGCUGGCUGAGGCCCAGUCUGGAACACCGGGGCCUGUGUUUGUGGAAUUUCCUAUUGAUAUUUUGUAUCCAUACCAUUUGAUCCAGAAAGAACUGGCACCCAAAGGGGCCCCUAAAGGAAUUGUCGGGAAAAUAAUCAAUUGGUACUUGCAGAAUCACCUGAAUAAUUUAUUUGCGGGAGCCUGGGAGCAGAGGGACACCUCACCUCUUCCCGUUUCCAUCCCCUACGCCACCCCAGCUCAGAUCCAGCAAUGUGUGGAGUUGGUGAGUCGAGCUAAGAAGCCUGUGUUCAUCCUGGGCAGUCAGGUGACUCUUCCUCCCACACCUGCAGACAACCUCAGAGAGGCUCUGGAAUCUCUGGGUAUUCCAUGUUUCCUGGGAGGAAUGGCCAGAGGCAUGCUGGGAAAGAAUAGCCCCAUCCAUAUUCGACAGAACCGCAGGGAAGCCCUUAAGGACGCAGAUGUUGUCAUACUGGCAGGCACUGUGUGUGAUUUUCGACUUUCCUAUGGCCGUGUCCUGAACAGACGCAGUAAAAUUAUUGCAGUGAAUAGGGACAAGUCUCAGCUUUUGAAGAACUCGGAUAUGUUUUGGAAGCCAACAGUUGCUAUCCAGGGAGACGCAGGUUCUUUCAUCAUCAGUCUCUUGGAAGGAUUGAAAGGAUACACGUGUCCGAAAGAUUGGACAGAAGGCCUGAAGUCAGGAGAUGAAAAGAAAGAGAAAACCAAUGAGGAAAAAUCUGAAGAGAAGACAGAGAGACACCUAAAUCCCUUGAAAGUGCUACAUUUGGUGGAGGAAGCAAUGGCAGAGGACAGCAUCAUUGUCGCAGAUGGAGGAGAUUUUGUAGGAAGUGCGGCCUACAUCCUUCGACCAAGAGGACCUUUGCGCUGGCUGGAUCCAGAUUACCAUGUGGUGGCAGAAGGGUUUGGUGGUAAAGGUUUCCUGGUCACUCGGCAAGAUGAAGACCGGAUAAUGGACAUCGUCAAGGAAGCACAAGAGGUCACUAAAAAAGGGAAAUCCACACUCAUCAAUGUACUGAUAGGCAAGACCAAUUUCCGGGAUGGGUCUAUAUCUGUAUAG